UCAGCAGAGGAGGACUCUGAGCUUUCUGUCUCUGAACUUCUGGAGAGAGCCAACAGCAAUCUGAUCCGCUCAGACGAUGAUCCCAUCCUGACUGAAGGAGACAUCGCCAUUGACAGUGAGGCCGAGAGAAAUGCCGACCCCUGCACCAGCCGAGGCUGCAUGUGGGGAAAGGGGACUGAUGGGAAGGUCUACAUUCCUUAUUACAUCGCCAGUCACUUCUCCUCCCGUGAGAAGGCCAUCAUCACCCGUGGACUGGAGUCCUUCUCCUCCUUCUCCUGCAUCCGCUUCAGGCCCAGCAGAAGCAGUGACCGCGACUGGCUGAGCAUUGAGUCCAAGAAUGGCUGCUACUCCUAUGUUGGCCGUCGCGGUGGUAAGCAGGUGGUGUCUCUGGCCCGUCAAGGAUGCCUUUACCAUGGCACCGUCCAGCAUGAGCUGCUCCACGCUCUGGGAUUCAACCAUGAACAAACCCGCUCUGACAGGGACAACCACAUCAAAGUCCUGCUGCAGAACGUUCAGUCUGGAAUGGAGCACAACUUCAGGAAGAUUGCCACCCUCAACCAGGGCACUCCCUAUGAUUACAACUCUGUCAUGCAGUACCACAAGUAUGCCUUCUCUAGGAACAACCAGCCCACCAUGCUCCCAAUCCCUAACUCCAAUGUGUCCUUUGGCAACGCUAAGGAGAUGAGCCGUAAUGACAUCGCCAGGCUCAACACUCUCUACAAGUGCUAGGAAGCCUGUCCAGACGUUCUGACAGACAGAGCAGUGGGAAUGUUGUCUCCUGGUGCUCACUGAACAGAAGCUGCAGAUCUGAACUCAUCAGCAAAAUCAACAGUCAGUGAUCAUCUAAUAAAAUUUCUCUGACUGGAACACAA